UACAAUAAGAAUAAGAUCGGUAAAAAGACAAAUCGAUAUAGAUAAGACUUGGGUCCAAGUGAAAAAGUCGUACGUUAAGAGAAAAGGAUGAAUUCCCAUAGCGAAAAAAAGAAAGAGGAAAAAAAUAAGAAGAGAGAAACGUGCCACGCGAUCGGCUCUUUCUUCUCGCAUUUCUUGUUUCUUUCCUUUUUCUUGUAUCGAUCGAAUUUGACUCCACGAGAGCCCCCAGCGAAGAAGAACGAAGAAGAAAGAGGAGAGAGAGGCGUGUCCGGUCUCGCGGCUUCUACAAAGAGAUGCCCACUUCCCCGUGGAUCCCUUCCACUCCUCAGGGAUCCCCUUCCACGUGGGUCCCAGAAGCACGCUCUCUCCCUCCCUUCCAUUAAGUCCCAAGAAAAGCAGCCGGCAUGGUCCAGGCCACGAGAUCGCCAGAAAGACGAUACAUAUACGAUCCCGUGGCUAGGAUGACCGCCUACGCGAACUUCCAGCAAUACGAUCUGAUGGACUCCGAGGGUUAUGGAUCAGCGAGUAGUCCUGAAUCGAACCCGCGAGUCUCUUGGCCUCAUCAGGAGGUCUAUCCUCAGCCACCAAGAUCAAGAGGCAGUAGCUGUGGUAGCGUUAGCUCGUUGGACAGUCACAAUCAUCAAGAAUAUCAAGAGAUCGGUGCUUUGAAUGGUGCUUUUCACGUUACCACUACGGCAACUUUUAAUUUCGCUGAGUUUUACGAAGGUUAUUACAAGGAAGGUUACAGAAACGAUCAUCAGACGCAAACGAUGAUAGGAAAUCCAAAGGAACGUACGAAGAUCGUGUUCAGAACGAACGAUCAUCAACGUCUCGAAGAAAUCUAUCAGACUCCUUUGAACAGUACAACGACAUUUACCAACGAAACGUUCCCGAGCAAACAGGAAUCCGGUUACGCGCCAAAAAUGGAGCACCAUCCCACGAGCGUUGUCUUCGGAAACGACAGGUGCGAGUUCUCGCAGAAGCAGGAUACUUUUUUUGUUGCGAAGGCCUAUGCCAUUGCGAAAAGUAACGGUCUUACGCACUCCGGAAGUAACGACAGUGGACCAGACGUUGGUGCUUACGGUCAAAGGCCAGACGUGCUUUACUUUGGUAGCACCUGUACCAUGCAGAGAAAGGACGGUUGUGCUCCGAGCAAUCAGACGAUCGAAAACGAUCAGGUCAGGUAUCAUCAUCAAAGGAACGAAUCUUUUCGUACAACGGACUACGUCGAACACAAGGACAAGGAAUCCGUGCAAAAGAUGAAGAAUGGUACUGCACCGGGUGUCGAAGUGCUUAGGAGAAGAAGAUUGGCAGCUAACGCCAGAGAGAGAAGGAGAAUGAACAGUUUAAAUGAUGCCUUUGAUAGGUUACGUGACGUCGUACCUAGUUUGGGUAACGACAGAAAACUCAGCAAGUUCGAAACAUUGCAAAUGGCACAGACUUACAUCGCUGCGCUCUAUGAACUUUUACAAAGAGAAUGA